UCCUUUUGUUCCACUGUUAGCUUUCGCUUUAAUUUUUUCUUUCUUUUUCUUUUUUUUAACUUCAUAUUAAUUUUCAUUAGUUUUAUAUUCCCUUUCAAAAAAUAUUUACUUAAAAUUGUAUCAAUUAUGUAUAUCUCUAGUUUACAUACGUCAGCAUUAUUUGAUCACUAACUUACAUAGAAUUACUACUAAGAGGAGCUGUCCUUUCAGCACCAGAACACCAUUAUGUAAGAACUAGAAGGCAAGUUUGAAAUAAUAGUGUGGAAAGUAUAUAUUAUUUUGACAAGUUUGAGAUAAAUUUAUGAAUUCUCAACUCACUCAGCAUUGUUAAAUUCAGGGCUAAAUUAGAUCAAUGUUUUUCUCCAUAUUUCUUCUCAAUUUAUGACUUUCCAUUAUGCUCAUCUCACCCUCUUUCUAAAUUAUACAUUUAUUUUUAAAUACAGAAAUAGAAUUUAAAACUUAGAGCAAUUUAGUCAUCAAAAAUCUCAGUAUGUGUCUUUUUAUUUAAAAGAAGAGGAAGAAAAAUGCAAAAUGAAAUAAAAGUAUAAUAAUAAAUGUGAAGAAUAUUAUCAAAUGUGUAAAGUCAUGUGAUGCUUAGCAGGAAAGCACUAAAUAAAGAAAAGAAGGCAUUCAUAUCAACCUGCCUCCCAGCCUAUAUCAGCUACUUCAGUCAAAAUGGUACUAUGAUGACAGUAACCAACCAGAAUGCGACAUGCAAAUUAGAAUACUGUAUCAUGUACCAACUGCUCUGCUGCUAGCUGGUUGUUAUAGUGAUAAACUGAGGCCUUGCCUCUUGGCUUCUCCUUGAAAGAAAAACCUUUAAUUUCUCAAGGGAAUGAAAAGAAAAGAAGGGGGAGAAGGUGAGGGAGGGAAAGAAUUACAUGCGAAAACAUUAUCUGGCUGAGAGAAGAGUAGCAGAAAGGACACCACCACAAGAAGCAUUCACUGGCCAUGCCAGUGCUUGCAACUAAUGCUGAGUCAGAAACAGGUAUCCCAAAAUCCCUUUCUAAUGAGCUUCCUUCAGAAACCAUGGAGGAGAUAGAGCACACAUGUCCUCAGCCUCGACUGACUUUGACAGCACCGGCUCCAUUUGCAGGUGAAACAAGCUGUCAGUGCAAAGCUCCUCAUGAGAAGCUAACCAUUGCUCAGGCCCGUGUUGGAACACCAGUGGACAGACCGGUCAGAGUCUAUGCAGAUGGAAUAUUUGAUCUCUUCCAUUCUGGUCAUGCAAGAGCUCUCAUGCAAGCCAAAACUCUGUUUCCUAAUAGCUACUUAUUAGUAGGAGUUUGCAGUGAUGAUCUAACACAUAAGUUUAAAGGUUUCACUGUAAUGAAUGAAGAGGAACGUUAUGAGGCUCUCAGACACUGUCGCUAUGUAGAUGAAGUAAUCAGAGAUGCUCCAUGGACACUCACAGCAGAGUUUUUGGAAAAACAUAAGAUUGAUUUUGUAGCCCAUGAUGAUAUUCCAUAUUCUUCUGCUGGUUCAGAUGAUGUUUACAAGCAUAUAAAGGAGGCAGGUAUGUUUGUACCAACUCAAAGAACUGAAGGCAUCUCAACUUCAGAUAUUAUCACUAGAAUUGUACGUGAUUAUGAUGUCUAUGCCCGUCGCAACCUGCAAAGAGGAUAUACUGCUAAAGAGCUGAAUGUCAGCUUUAUAAAUGAGAAGAAAUAUCGUUUUCAAAAUCAGGUAGACAAGAUGAAAGAAAAAGUGAAGAAUGUGGAAGAAAGAUCUAAAGAAUUUGUGAAUAAAGUUGAAGAAAAAAGCCAUGAUCUCAUUCAGAAAUGGGAAGAAAAGUCUAGGGAAUUUAUUGGCAACUUCUUAGAACUAUUUGGACCAGAUGGAGCUUGGCAGAUGUUUCAAGAGAGGAGUGGGCGCAUGCUUCAAGCCUUAUCUCCAAGGCAAAGUCCCACAAGCAGUCCAACCCGGGGACGUUCCCCAUCACGUUCCCCAUCUCCUCCUUCCCCUUGGCUCUUCAGAAAGGCUUCACCGCCUUCCUCCCCAAAAGCUGCCUCAGCAUCCAUUAGCAGCAUGAGUGAAGGAGAUGAGGAUGAGAAGUAAACAAGGGAAAAUUUGUAGUAAAAGAAAGAAGAAAUAUGCCAAUGGCUCACCAUACAGUUCAAAGUAGAAGAAAGAAAAUGUUGCAUGAGAUGUUUCUGAAAAAUAUAUAUUCAGAUUAUUGGAGCACUGAAGAUCUCAACUAUAAAGUAGUACUUGCCAAAGGACAGCCUGUCAAAUAAGUCACAUAUGUUGACAGAACAUAUAACAACUUGCCAUUAUUUCCCAACAGUUAUGAGUAGUUUUUUAUGCUAUUGCAGCUUUUGCUGCUUUAAGCUUUUGGACUGUUGUGACGAUUUGUUGAAAGGUUAAUUUGACAAAUGAUGUUAAGAAGGACUCUUUUUGGUUAGAGAAGACACAUUUAAAUUUGAAUAACACUGCACUCCAUUAAAAAGUUGGAUCUCCCAAGAAUAAAAUGAAAUACUGCCUAGAAACAGCAGAAGCUCCUACAGUGCCAGGAAACAUUCAAAUAAAAUCAUGCCAUUAAAAUUAA